AUUCCAUCGCACGAGCCGCCGAGAUCCGCGCCGCGGUGCAUUCUGGUCUUAGUUGAAAGAUUCAAGAUGGCGGCGAGCAGGAGACUACACAAGGAGCUUGAAGAAAUCCGCAAAUCUGGGAUGAAAAACUUCCGUAACAUACAAGUCGAUGAAUCAAACAUAUUGACAUGGCAGGGCCUCAUUGUUCCAGACAACCCUCCAUAUGACAAAGGGGCGUUCCGGAUCGAGAUCAUCUUCCCUGCAGAAUACCCUUUCAAACCACCCAAGAUUACGUUUAAAACGAAGAUCUAUCACCCCAACAUUGAUGAGAAGGGACAGGUCUGUCUGCCUGUCAUUAGUGCAGAGAACUGGAAACCAGCCACCAAAACUGACCAAGUAAUUCAGUCGCUCAUUGCCUUGGUGAACGAUCCACAGCCAGAACACCCCCUGAGGGCCGACCUAGCAGAAGAAUACUCAAAAGACCGUAAAAAAUUCUUUAAGAACGCAGAAGAGUUUACAAAGAAACACGGAGAAAAGCGGCCAGUGGACUAACAAUACCAGACAAGUGUGUAGCCCCAAACCCCGCCUCCUCUCCCUCUGAUCUCCUUCCCUCGCUCUACUACCUUCUACUCAACAACCCAACCUCUACCCCGCUCCCUCUUUCUCUCCUUCUCCUCUCCUUUACGCGCGUCACUCUAGUCGAGCUGGAGAAGUACAGCACAGCUGCGGCCUCCGUCUACGAGCAGGACGUCGUGAGGACAUCUGACCUGGCAUCCUGGUUUCAUCCUGGUUUCCUGGUUAGCUUGAGGCUCUUACUAACUUUCUACUAUGUUUUGUUUUCUUUCUGAAGUUUGAAAACACCUAAAAUUGGUUAGAGGAUAACUUAAGACAGACGAGGCAGUUGGAAAGUGUGAAAUUGUAUACGGAGCUUCUGUAACGAAUGCCGUUUGACCCUUUUUGUAAAAUGAAUCGUUGCAUUAUUACACCAAGCUUUCAAUUACUUUUGGAAGUGACCGUUCAUUCAAAAAUCUGACUCGAUUGUAAUUAUCAUGUAUAUUAUUAUUAUUGAUGUUAUUAUUAUUUGGUUCCCUUCUCACAUUACGCGCUCUUUAAUUUUCCAAAAAAAACGAGAAGGAACGGAGGAUUGCAGCGACAGCAGCUAAUAUUUCACAUAACCUUUUUACUUUCACUGCACUUGUUGGGUGCUACGUUAUGUCUGGGGAGCAGACGACGUUCAUCCAUUUACCGAGCCUGGAAUCGGGGAAACCACUGUAAAGUCAAUAACAGCGGCGUCUUAGAGGCCAAUAUUGCUAUGAAAUACUAUGUUUCACAAAGGAAAAGUGUUAGUGACCAUAAUUUUCCAUGAUGAUCACUUAUUUUAAACAUCUCUCUUUUAACAUGUUUCAUAGGAAAUUCUUGUAUAUUGCUGACUAUUUUGGUUUAAACGUGAAAAUGGCCCCUAGAUUUACAGAAAUGUACGCUACUGAGAAAUAUUAUUCCACCUUUCCUCCUGAAACUGAAUAAACACAGUAGUUGACAGUGGGUUUUCUAGAAUAUUCUCUAUAUUUUGCUUGAAAUAUGUUUUUUUUCAUCCCAGUUAAUGCUUUAAUGGUUUCACACCGUUCCUUCAAUUGUGAACUAGACAAUAGUUUAUUCUGGCUUUGUUUCUAGUUCGAGAUAUUUAAGUAAUGGAUUUAGUUUCUUGAAUACGCCUCAAAUGCGCCACCUCUUUAGUCUUCACAGUGUCUAUCCUUUAUUUUGACUUCACGAAUGCUCCACAUUUUAUGUACCUAAAUAAAAAGGAAGACAAAAUCCAGGGAAUACUGUUAUAUACUCCGAGCACUGGCUAGCUCCAUUAUUUAUUUUUUUUUUUUUGAGAAUUCUGAUUGGUCUGAGAUUUCUUAAUAAAACCAGUUAACCAAUCAAACUAUCUUCUGGGAUUUCCCAGCUAAAAUAGCACUGGUUGUAUAAUGUGAACACAACUUUAGAAUGAAACUAAAACUAAACUUUACAGUUUAGUGAUUGUUUAACAUGAAGAUGUUAGCAUUAAUAAACUAGAUAUAUACUUUGAAGAUA